UAUGCAAAAUUUUUAAUUUACCACUACCGCGAAGUUGUCUGCUCUUUCUUUCUGAUCUUGAAUUCGUCGAAGAAGACCCACAGAAGUCAGUUGUUUCAGACGGAGUAAAGACAAGACACCAUGGAUGCAGCGAUGCUACUUUCGUGGGGAGUGGUCAUUCUGAUCUUAGCGCCGUCGGCUCAAGCCAAUGCCUCUUCUGCAGGGUUGUUCGGGGAGGAUAUACUAGUGCGUUUGUCUCCUGGGCUGAAGGACCUCAUCCGAACUGCCGGUGAAACUCCGCGGAUACGCCGCGCUGUUGAGUCGCCGGCCCGAGCGACUGUGGCCUGGAGGAGUGGUCCCGUACAGGAUGGACCCUACAUUAGACGCAAGGGGAAGGGAUGUCAUCAACGCAGCAAUCCAAGAAGUCAACGCUAAGUCCUGUGUCCGCCUGGUACCGAGGACCAACCAGAGAGACUACAUUCGCUUCUUCGCUGGGAAUGGGUGCUAUUCUCACGUUGGCCGCCAGGGGGGGCGGCAGGACGUCUCCAUUGGUAGAGGCUGUGAGUACAAGGUCACUGUGAUCCAGCAGAUAAUGCACGUGCUCGGCUUCUAUCUGGAGCAUACCCGCAAUGACAGGGACAACCACGUCACCAUACAAUGGGAAAAUAUCAUGACAGGAAUGAGGAGUCAGUUUAGCAAACGCCCUAGGUCUGAAGUAGAUACGCUUGGACCUUACGACACCCUGUCAGUCAUGCACUAUGGCGGCUACGCUUUCAGUCGAAGUGGUACCCUUCCCACAAUCACAGACAAGUCCGGUGAACCAAUAGCUACCCGACGUCCGAAUGAAGGAAUGAGCGAUCUAGACGUGACAAAGCUCAACAAGCUUUAUAACUGUGCAAAACAGCCAGAGAACAGCGAUCAGCGGAUGGCGGGUUUUAUUCUAUAGUUGAGAGAGCGAAGUUUGUCCUCACAUAAGUGUCGUCUGCACAACGUUGCAGCCAACUUUCAAUAUCACCAACCAUUUUACAACGUGUAGCUUAGGUAUUGUACCUUUCACCUACCAUUUUACAACGUGUAGCUUAGGUAUUGUACCUUUCACCUACCAUUUUAUAACGUGUAGUUUAGCUUUGUAUUGUACCUUUUACCAACCAUUUUACAACGUGUAGCUUAGGUAUUGUACCCUUCACCUACCAUUUUACAACGUGUAACUUAGGUAUAUGUAUUUGUGUAUUUUAUUGUAUGUACGAGCAUAAUAAAGUCACUCAAUAAAUCA